AUGAAAGCUCUUCCUUACUUAAAAUUUUUCCUUAACAUUGGAGAUAUACGAAAUAUUGAGGAAAAGGUCGGGGGUGACUUGCACUCUUUGAUAUAUAUUGUUGUUCUUUGUCUUUUUGAAGAAGCUUUUGUAAUCUGUGCUGGUUCAUCUGCUGUAGAUGAUAGUGCCAGUUGGAAGCAUAACGUGGAACAGGACAUUGUGGGUCACGACAGCCUGUCUGCUGUUGUUAUGGGCAAGUGUGCCGAUGUGAAUGAAGAUCCUGGAGAAGAUGUUGCCCUUCUCUCUGUUAGUUUUGAGGAUGCAGAAGCUACUCAGGUUUUUCCUAAGCUGUACCUCUCCCCACGUAUUGAACAUGCACUUGGAGGAUCAUCUGCCCUUCACAUCCCAGCCUUUCCUGGUGGAGGUUGUCUUAUCGACUACGUACCCCAAGUGUGCCAGCUGCUAACAAACAAGGUACAGUAUGUUAUUCAGGGAUACCAUAAGAGAAGAGAGUAUAUUGCAGCUUUCCUGAGUCACUUUGGAACUGGUGUAGUGGAAUAUGAUGCAGAAGGCUUCACAAAGCUUACUCUGUUGUUGAUGUGGAAGGAUUUUUGCUUCCUUGUUCACACAGUUGACCUCCCCCUGUACUUUCCUCGAGACCAACCCACCCUAACAUUUCAGUCCGUCUACCACUUCACUAACAGUGGCCAGCUGUACUCCCAGGCCCAGAAGAAUUACCCUUACAGCCCCCGCUGGGAUGGCAAUGAAAUGGCCAAGAGAGCAAAGGCGUACUUCAAAACAUUUGUCCCUCAGUUCCAGGAGGCAGCGUUCGCGAAUGGGAAGCUCUAG